AUGGCUGUCGCAGUUGUCAACAACGAUAUGCUAAUUUCCUCUUCCGCCGCCAGCACCAGCAAAAUCGAGGUUCGCUCCGUGUGGGCUCAUAACCUCGACGAGGAGUUCGCCCUUAUCCGCUCCGCCGUCCCGUUCCACCCCUUCGUCGCCCUUAUCCGCUCCGUCGGUCUCACCCUCUCCGACGCCGCCGGCAACCUUCCAUGUGCCAUCUACAGCGACGGCACUUGUGUGCGUUACAUGUGGGAAUUUAAUUUCCGCGACUUCGACAUCAGCCGCGACCGUUACGCCCCUUCCUCCGUCGAGCUACUCAAGGCUAAUGGCAUCGACUCUUGCAGAUUCGCCCAGCACUUGGCCACCUCCGGCUUGCUUUCCUUUGGCCAUUUUUCUCCCGUCUCUUGGGUUACCUUCCAAGGCGCCUAUGACUUCGCCUUCUUAGUCAAGAUGCUGACAUGUGACUGCAAAUUACCAAAGACCGUUCGUGAGUUCUUGCACCUCGUUCACUUCCUUUUCGGCAAAAGGGUAUUCGAUGUGAAGCACCUUAGCAAGCAUUGUCCUGGACUUUACGGAGGAUUGGAGCGGGUGGCCUCUACCGUCCGAGUUGAGCGAGCAGUGGGCUCUCGACAUCAGUCCGGCUCCGAUAGCUUAUUAACAUGGCAGGUGUUCUACCAAAUAGCUUCUCGUGUGAAUCCACAACUCGUCCAUUGUCCAGAACACAUGGGAACACUCUAUGACCUCCAACUGCAAUAG